GUUUAUCACAACUGGAUUUAAAUUAUUAAUAAUAUUUUCAACAAUUAUUAUCACAAAAUUGGAUACAAAAUUGUUGGGCAAUACUGAUAAUGAUAAUGAAAAACAAUUAACAAAAAUUAUAUUGAAAACUGAUUUUACAAACAAUGAAUACAUAUUAAACAUGACAUACUCUAAUCAAAGUAUUGCACUGACUGGCCAUACACUGGUAGCCAAAGUAAAACAGUGUACAUCAAAGCAGCCGACGUUUGCCGGCCAUUGUAUACAAACAGUACGCCAACGAUGGCCGGGAGCCGACCGUCACGGACAACGUAUACCCGAAUUUUACUACGAAAAUCGUGAUAACCAGCAAAACUAUAGCUAUUACUAUGAUUUUGGACCUCCAGGUGCUGAUAGUACUGCCAGCAACUUGUUGUUUGAUCCGUACAAAUGUUGUAUAAUCUACGACAUUGUCGACUGUUUGCACAGUGAAUACCGGAGCCGAUGCCCGACAAUGGCAUUCCUGCCCAUCGACGAAGUCCUACACAUGUUUAUGAUGCAAAUGGCCGACAAUUGCCGCGAUUAUCAUACAGAUAAUGAACUGUUUAUGGUUACGGCUGGGGAACAGUAUCAUAGAUCACCGCCGACCGACAAACUAGACUGUCGUAAACAAUUUUUCAAGGAAUCAGAUAGUAGUCUAGUUAGACUACAUAAGCUUAGUAGUGAUGGACAUAGACAUGGACAUGGACAUCAUCAUCAUCAUAGACAUCAUAAUGAUUCACUAGAAAAAUCUGGUUCAACUAGUUUGUUGUUUGCAUCAAUCAAUUAUCAUUAUCAUUGGCCGCUAAUAAAUGUGUUAAUUAUUAGUAUGAUUAUUGGAUAUAAUUAUUGUUUGAUUUAAUAACAA